CUUUGUUGGGGGUAAGAACUUCUCAGCCAAUCAAACCACUUAGAAAUCUUGACCUUGAACUUAUCAGUGGAAGAAGAAAUGGCACUGACAAGAAUAUCUCCGAUCUUUAAACAGGGUCUCGGGAAGGCCUGUAGAUAUUAUUCAUCCGCAGCUCCUACAACAAAACUUUUCCUCAAUGGGAAAUUUGUGGAAUCAAAGACAGACAGAUGGAUAGAUCUACACAACCCAGCAACAAACGAGGUGAUAACACGGGUCCCCCAAGCAACCCAGGCUGAGAUGCAGGCAGCAGUGGACUCGUGCAAGCAGACUUUCAAGAAAUGGUCUCAGACAACUGUCCUCACACGCCAACAGUGCAUGUUCCGCUUCCAGGAUCUCAUCAAGAAAAAUAUGGGUGAACUGGCCAAGUCUAUCACCCUGGAGCAGGGCAAGACUCUGGUUGAUGCGGAGGGAGAUGUCAUGAGGGGACUCCAGGUGGUUGAGCACUGCUGUAGCAUCACGUCCCUCCAACUUGGGGAGACAAUGACUGGAAUCGCCAAGGACAUGGACACAUACACCAUCCGAGUCCCUCUAGGGGUCACCGCUGGCAUUACACCUUUUAACUUCCCUGCCAUGAUUCCUCUCUGGAUGUUCCCGACAGCCCUGAUCACAGGAAACACCAUGGUGCUGAAGCCAUCGGAGCGUGACCCUGGAUGUACCAUGCUCCUAAUGCAGUUAAUGCAGGACGCUGGAUUUCCCGAUGGCUGCGUUAACGUCAUACAUGGGGCACAUGAUGCUGUGAAUUUCAUCUUGGAUGACCCAGACAUCAAAGCUGUCUCAUUUGUGGGGUCAGACCAGGCUGGAAAGUACAUUUACGAGAGGGGAUCAAAGAAUGGAAAACGAGUGCAGUCCAACAUGGGUGCCAAGAACCACGGUGUAGUGAUGCCGGAUGCUAACAAAGAAAAUACUCUGAACCAGUUGGUUGGAGCGGCUUUUGGAGCAGCAGGCCAGAGGUGCAUGGCCCUAUCUACAGCAGUGUUUGUAGGAGAAGCCAAAAACUGGAUCCCAGAACUGGUAGAGAGGGCCAAGAAGUUGCGAGUGAAUGCUGGGGACCAGCCAGAUACUGACUUGGGCCCAGUGAUCUCACCGGAGUCAAAGAAACGAGUGUGUGAUCUUGUACAGUCGGGAGUAGAUGAGGGAGCUUCUCUCUUGCUUGACGGUAGAAAUGUCAAAGUGCCUGGAUAUGAAAAUGGAAACUUUGUUGGACCAUGCAUCCUCCACAAUGUCAAGCCAAACAUGAAGUGCUACACGGAGGAGAUAUUUGGACCAGUGUUGGUCAGUUUGGAGGUGGACACUUUGGAUGAUGCCAUCAACGUCAUUAACAACAAUCCUUAUGGCAAUGGCACGGCCAUUUUCACUAACAAUGGGGCAACUGCGAGAAAGUUCACCAAUGAGAUAGACGUUGGCCAGGUGGGCGUCAAUGUGCCCAUUCCCGUCCCUCUUCCCAUGUUCUCCUUCACAGGAUCUCGCGGCUCAUUCCUCGGGGACACCAACUUCUAUGGCAAGCAGGGCUUGAACUUUUACACUCAGAUGAAGACAGUGACCCAGAUGUGGAGAGAUGAGGAUGCCACUGAUACCAAGCCAGCAGUUGCUAUGCCCACCAUGAAGUAAAACAUGCUCUUUAGAAAGUGAGGUGAACUUUGGGUUGAAUUAACAACUCCUACUGCAGUUAUGAACAAAAACUGUUUCGUUUUGAAGCCAUUUGUUUGGCCCAUGAAAAAUUAUUGUUAUGGUUACAAAUCUGGAAUGUUUUGUAAAUCAUGUGCACCAUUUAAUAUUUGGAUUUUCUUUUAAUAUUUAAGGAUGGUGUUUCUUGUCAUAAAGUUACUUUUUCAAAUCAUGAUUCACUUUUGAAUGUGUUAUGUUUUGUGUUUUGUGAACUACUCAACCUGCAAGUCAUGUGAUAUUUGUAUAUAUUGACUAUACAAGCAUACAUUACAGAUGUUUUUUCAUAUGUGUGCAUUUUACUGUUAUGAGUGUAUGAAUUAACUGUUAUGGAUUGGAAAACUGAACGGCUAUGGAUAUUAUUUUUUCCGUAAGAUUUGAAUUUAUAGAACUUGUUUGAUUGAACAUAAUUUUGUUUAUUGCGUGCCACCAGUAUUCAAACAGAUCUGUUAAUAAAGUACUGAACCAAUA